AUGGGCAAGCAGAAAUUGGAAAAGGGUAGCUCUAACAACGCCAAUGAAGUUAAAGAAUCUUCAUCAGGGGUUCACAUGAAGAAAGAAUUGUCCCUGUGGGAUGGCGUCGCUAUUAUCGUAGGAGUCAUAAUAGGUGCUGGAAUUUUCGUUUCCCCAAAAGGUGUACUCAAGUUUUCCGGGUCUAUAGGACAAGCAAUAAUAGUAUGGGUUCUAUCUGGGUUCUUGUCCAUGUUGGGGGCCCUAUGCUAUGCCGAAUUAGGUACCAUGAUUCCAAAAUCUGGUGGCGACUACGCCUACAUCAUGGAAGCCUUCGGAGCCCUACCUGCAUUUUUGUAUCUUUGGGUGGCCCUUUUCAUACUGGUGCCCACAGGAAACGCCAUCACCGCUAUAACGUUCGCCCAGUAUAUUUUGCAACCGCUUUGGGGGACCUGUCCAGCACCAUACGAGGCCGUCAGGCUAUUGGCUGCAGCCACAACGUGUAUUUUGACGAUAAUCAACUGUUACAAUGUAAAAUGGGUGACGCGAGUGCAAGAUAUCUUCACAGCAACAAAAAUGUUCGCCUUGCUGAUCAUUCUGGUGGCCGGCAUAUACUAUCUUUGCGUGGGACACGUGGAAAAUUUCCGAGAUCCCAUGGAGGGAACGAAUUGGGACCCGGGGCACAUAGCGUUGGCCUUCUAUGCUGGGUUGUUCUCCUAUUCAGGGUGGAACUACCUGAAUUAUGUCACAGAGGAACUCAAGGACCCAUACAAGAACCUGCCUAAAGCCAUCUUCAUCUCGAUGCCGGUCGUCACCACCGUCUACGUCAUCACGAACCUUGCCUACUUCGUCGUGCUCAGCCGCGACGACAUCUUGUCCUCCGAAGCCGUCGCCGUCACGUUCGCCGACAAGAUGCUCGGUUCGUUCUCGCUCGUCAUGCCCUUCUUCGUGGCUUGUUCGACGUUCGGCUCGCUGAACGGCGCCAUUUUUGCGUCCUCAAGGCUGUUCUUCGUGGGCGCGAGGGCGGGCCAUCUGCCCAGGGCGAUUUGUCUGAUCGACGUCAAGCGGUUGACGCCCGUACCAUCUCUGGUGUUUAUGUGCAUCAUCACCCUCGUCCUGGUCAUGAUCGAAGACAUCUACGUCCUCAUAACCUACGUCUCCUUCGUCGAGGCGCUAUUCAUCACGAUGAGCGUGGCGGGCCUCAUCUACAUGCGUCGCACCAAACCCGAAGCCCUGCGCCCCAUCCGGGUCAGCGUCGCGCUGCCGAUCGUCUUCCUCGUCAUCUGCGCCUUCCUGGUCACCUUUCCCUGCUACGUCAGUCCGGUGGAGGUCGGGGUAGGCGUGGCCUUCAUCCUCUGCGGGAUACCGGUGUACUUCUUGACCAUCGGGUGGAAGGAGAAGCCCUAUUGGCUGAACAGGGCCUUCAACGAUUUCAAUAACGGGUGCGCUAAGCUGUUUAUGUGCGUGCCGGCCGAGGACGAGAAGUUUUAUUCGUGAAGGUUUGUUAUGA